UACCACGGGGUGCUGUGGCGCGGUGGGGAGCUGGCGUGCCUGCGUGGGCGCGCUUGUGUCGUGGUGUGACUCUGCGUGUGUAACGGCUGCCUGUCGGUGACACCGUGCCUGUGUGGGCGUGAAGCUGUGGGGUGGGGGUGCCGCCCCCCCCCCCCCCGGCCCCCAUUGGCAGGUCUCCUCUCGCCCACCCACGCUCUGCCAUGGGCAGAGCCCCUUAUUUAACUCCGCACAGCAACCAGCACCCCAGUACUUCGCCUCCCAGCCGAGCCUGCACUGGGAGAGCCGUCGGUGCAUCUCACCUCGCCGCAUCUCCUGCUCCACAGCCGCCAGCAUCAAGGGUCACUCUGCCCCCCCACUCCACACCAGGAGACCCCUGAGGGCUCAGCAGGUCUGUGCUCCCCCGGCCCUGGGGGUGGCCCAGGGUUCUUUGGGGGCUGCUGCAUCCCAUCCUCACCCAGCUCGGGCUGGGAGAAGGCAGAAGGGAGGAGGCGGAAGGUGGUGAAGGUGCUGGGGAGGGCAUGGGCCGGGAGACCCCCCCGAGGAUGAGGAGCCGCCCGGUGCUGGCAGCACUGCUCGUCCUGGCGCUGCCGCUCGCCCUCGCCCGCCGCCCCCCCGCCGCCGCCCCGCCGGGCCCCGCGCCCCCCGCACAGCCGUUCCGCCUCCCGCAGGGGAUGCCCGUCCCGGAGCCGCUGCCCUGGAGAGCCCGUGGCAGCCCCGGGGCCGUGUACGCCGCGUUCCUGCAGCUGCUGCGGGAGGAGGACGCCGGUCCCCCCGCGCUCUCGGCUCCGCAGAAGCGUAAGUCCCGCCCGGUCCCGGUCCCGGCCGCGCAGCCGGGCCCCGCGGCGCUGACGGCGGGUCUCUCCGCAGGGGACAUGCACGACUUCUUCGUGGGGCUCAUGGGGAAGCGGGAGGCGGGGCGGGGGAGCGGCAGCUCGUCCCCCCGGUGCUCCUCGGGGACCCCCGCGGCCGGCGGGGCCGGGCUGCGAGCGGCCUGAACCGCGGGCCGAGCCGGCGGGGCUGGACGGGGCGCGCCCCACGGACCCCACCCACGGGGGACGGCCGGGGCCGUGACUUGCAGCCCGGGGCGAGGCACCGGCACCGGCACCGGGCGCUGCGGCGGCUGUUACCGGCUGUGCCGCCGCCCCACGGACCACGGAGCCGUCGUGGGACCCGCGCCGCCGGGCUCAGCUCUUCCGACCCACGCACGCGUGUCCCUGCGCGCGCCCUACACCCGCACCUACAGCUGUGCGUGUCCGCACACGCGUGUACGCACACCCGUACCUGUACACACGCGUCCGUUUAUGUACACCCAUAUACAUCCACCCGUGCCCGUGCGGGACACACGCCC